AUGGCCCGACCUCUCAAACGCAAGAGUGAACAUGAUGAACACUCAUCUGAAGAUUAUACUAGCGACCUUUCAUCCGGCAAAGAAGAUGAAAUUAACUCCGAUCCAUCUGAUGAUCUUGAAUCCUCUACAGCUACUGAGGGAAGCUUUGAGGAUGACGAAACAACUACUAUAGAAGACAACGACUCGACUUUUGACGGAAUAGACGACCAUUCAAUUUCUGAUAAUUAUGAAAGCGAAGAGUCCGAUGAUGAUGAAUUUGCCUCAAACUCCAACAGCAGCUAA